CCUCUGAUUUCUAAGUGUAUGCCAUAUGCCUGGCUCCCUGGGUUGCUACAGCUUUUGCCACUGUGGUCUCGACAAAUUCCAAUUUGAACUUUGAGCUCAGUCUGGCCUGGAGGGUGUCAGAGGGGCAGACGGGAACCCCCCCAGUCCUGCAAUAUUAGCAAGCCUCACUCUGUAGAAUAGAGCCACCACAAACGGGAUCUUCCUCAGCCUGAGGCUGUCUGGGAAAGCAGUAGCCCCGCCCACCUGACAAAAGUAGCAGGGCUUUCUAGCCAAUCUCCAUCCUCCUCUUAGAGGACAGAGGCUUCUCGGCAGUACCAGGGGCACCAGGUAGGACCUGGGCACAUGGGGGACACCAAUGAAGAAAGAAUUAAAGAGCAGGGAUGUGUGCAGGCUUAGGGACAGGUCAGGAGGACUGAGAAGGGCAGCUUCAUGGAGAAGAGAGAUGGUGAAUCUAGGAUUGCCGGUGGGAGUUAUCAGAAGACAAAGCUCUCUCCUCUUCCCGGGAGACAUCUCCCCCAAAGCACCUCCCAGCCAGGUAGUGAAGUGGCUCCCCAAGGAGAGCAAGGAGAGGCAGCAGCUUCCUCGGGCCAACAGAGUAUAGGGCUACAGAGAGCAAGCAGCAAAGAAGCCAAGUGUGGAUCUGUGCCCUGGGGUAGAACUGUGUCACAAACAAUAGUUUUCCUUCUUAGAAAAGAUGUCUAGUAGCUGUGCUUAUUGAUUCAUGGCUCUAACCCCAGAGGGAGGCUGAAGCAGGAUGCUUGCAAAUUAGAACCGUCUAGGCUUAGAGUGAUCCGAGGCCAACCCGAGCCACUUAGUGAGACCCGGUCUCAAGAUAAAAAAAAAAAAAAAGUCAAAGGGCUGGGGGUACAGCAGGCAGUGCCGCUCUGCAACGCGGCAAAGUCGUUAGUCAGCUGAGCUAAAUCAAUAAGUAAGUGGACAGAUGGAUGGACGGACACUCCCAGGUGGGGAGGGGUGUGCCUAGGUGCUGGGGAUUGGUGGGCUCCUAGCUGGGAUAUCCCAGGCCCAAUUGCUGUAGAGGAUCCCUCCCUCAGGGUUCGAGUUAUUUUCUCCCCAUCGAGCCUCGCUGACAAAGAACAAUAUUGAGCCCUGGGAUAGGGCUGCUGGCCCAGUGAAGGCCAGGACCCCUUACUGGGAAAAGGCUGCAAUUCUCUAGGUCUCCCAGUACGAGUUAGAGGGCUGAGACAUGAGCCUGCUCCAUGUCUAUCCCCGAGCUAGGGGUGCUAAGAGGUUCUCAGCUGCUUCGGCCAGCCUCCUGCAGUGUGGGUGGGCAAUCCUUAGAUUCCUAUUGCUAUGGUAAAGACUGUGACCAAGAACAGUUUAGGGAGGAACGGGCUUAUUUGGUUUAUGGGUUACAAGUUACAUUCCGUCAGGCAAAGCGAAGGCAAAUUCAGGGUAGGAACAUGGAGCAAGAACAGAGGUAGAGGCCAUGGAGGAGGGCUAUGUUCUCCCUGCUUUGCUCGGCCUGCUUCCUUAUACAGCCCAGGACCACCUGGCCAGGGUGGCAUCACCCACAUCAGUCGUUAAUCAAGAAAAUGCCCCCACAGACUUCCCACAGAUCAAUAUCAUGGAGGUAUUUUCUCAGUUGAGAUUCCUUCUUAGAUGCCUCUAGCUUAUGUCAAGUUGACAAAAACUACAAAACCCAGGGCACGACACAGAAAUGCAGCUAGAAGAGAGGUCUGGGAAGGACUCUUCCACCCAAAGCCCUUGCCUCCCCCACAUACUAGUGCAAGGCUCUGACCAGAGCUCUAGGAAAGAUUGCUGGCAUGAGGGAGGCAGUCUCUCCUGAUGUGCCUCGUGCAGCCCCUCCCUGUCUGAGGAAAUGGAAGCAGUGACCAAGCUGGAACAAAGCUGGGGGAGGGGCGGGUGGACCACACACACAGAUCCCACACCAUGGUUAGCACCUCACUACCCUCAUAACUCACCUCUGGCUACCAGGGUUCCUACAUCCCCACCACCGAAAUGCCACUCACUAGCACUCACCUAAGGACAGGAAAGGACACGAUUCAUCCAUCACAGCUCCAGGAAUAGACCUGACUGGAAUGACAGGAGAAUAAAGGAACGAUAGACACACGGACACAUGCACAGGAAAGCUGAGAUCAGGGGGGCUGAGCUCUCUGCUAAAGAAGUGGAAGCAGGGGCUGGGGAUUUAGCUCAGUGGUAGAGCGCUUGCCUAGGAAGCGCAAGGCCCUGGGUUCGGUCCCCAGCUCCGGAAAAAAAAAAAAAAAAAAAGAAGAAGUGCAAGUACCCUGGAGGGGUAGCAUGUUUAUCAUAGGGAGUUGAACAGGGAGGUGGGUGGGGUGAUUGUUUACAGCCGAAUCAGGAGGCGGGGUCAGCACGCAGAUGAACAAGGAGUCCAGUUAUUCUAUACAGCUGAUCAAGGUGGCAGGUUUAACAAAUCCCACUAGAAGCGGUCUGCAGAGGAGCCUAGCCUAGGGAAGGUUUUGCUGUUUCCCAUGGUUGGGGCAUUAGCAUCCUUUGCAUGGCCACACCUGUGUCAAAAGUGCAUCCUCCUCAGGACCUAUCUCACCCAGGGCUUCCUCCAUGCCCAAGGACAUUUAACUAUUCCUCAAAAAAAAAUUUUUUUUAACCAUAAUAAACUCCAGGCUAUGGGAAAGGUACAUUUAUUCCCACUUGAAGUCCGAAGCCCCACAAGAUGGGAAUUUCAGGAGGCCACUUAGUGAGGAGGGCAGCUUCGGGCUGCCUUGCUAUGGGGGCAGAACUCUGGACAGCCACUGGCAGAAGUGGCAGCUGGGUAAUGGGGUGGAACUCGGGGCCUCUGGCAUCUUAGGCGAGGGCUCCACACUGAGUUCUACCCAAGCCCGAUGACGCCCUUCCUGAAGGAGACUUGCAAAGGGAUUUAUUGUGUCUGUCGCCUGACGCUGCCUCCUUGGAAGUCUAGGCAGGAGCCCACAGCAUGGACAAGCAGCAGUUUCCUGCAGCUGGAAUUCUCUUGGCUGCCUUCCUAGUAGUUUCCGCUUCUACCCUGACCCUUCUCUCUACUAAUGGAGACCCUGACCAGUUUCCCUCAGAUCCUGGCACAUCAGCUCAGCAAAGUAACAACAUUCUACUGGGCAUCCUGACAGACAACACUGGCAGUAUCAACUCAACUGAGAGGGAAUCGGAGGCCCUGGGGAGGAGGGCAGGAGCCUUUUCUACAGAAGGAGCUGGGGGUCAGGAGUCUCCCCCAAUGCCUGGCCCCUCAGGCACAGUUACACCUGAACCAAUUCGCUCAGCCCUGACCACAUCUGCAGCCUACAUGGCUGCUGACUCUCAGCCAGUGUCCCCUGAGGCUGAACCUGUAGAGGAAAUCCUAGCCCUUGGAAUUCUGGAAACAAUUACGAUGUCAUCACCACAGCCUUCUCCCAUACAUGGAUCUGAGCCGAAGUUCAAGAAGGCCUUCAGGUUGUAUGGGACAGUUCCUGCCCCUGCAACACUGGAGAAAAUUGUUGCAUCUAAGCCAACAUAUUAUCUAAUUAAAGCUUCCCCUUCCCCCAUAUUCUCUAGACCUCCACACCUGUUAUGGCAUACCCCCAAUCCCACUGUCCAGAUGCUAGUGCCUGCAUGGAGGAAUGGCCACUCCAGGCCAGAGGCAUCCUCAUCUGUGGCACUGGCUCCAAGAACAUCCUUAGGACUGCCUGUCUUUCCAUGGAUGCCUAACAUACUGAAAGCUACAGAGCCCCUGUUGCCUGCGUCUCCUGGAAGAUUAGGGCUGGACCUCACCUCCCAAGUGGGCUCCGGGUCAUUUGAAGACACAGGCCCAGUAUCCGGUGGUACUUCUGUGCUGCUGCUGCCCUCAGCAACAUCCCCAUCACAUGCAUCCUCCCUCCACUCCCCGCCCCCCUUGUCAGCAUUGCCCCUGUCUGCACCCCCACUGCCUGCGUCUUUGUCCUUCUUCCCACCACCAGCCUCACCCCUGAUUCUGGUUUCCUUUGUCACCGCAGGAGCCAAUGACUCUCCUCAACCUCCUGUAUCUGCGAUUGUAUCCUCAACUACAGACUCUUCCAUUAAAACCUCAAACCUUGCACCCCAGACAGCUCUACAACCCAGCCACCCUGGGCCAUGGCUUCCCACCAGCCCAAUCCGCAUGUCCACCCUCUCUCUCCAACACGUCUCCAGCCCUCCCUCUACCCCACACAGCUCUGGCUUCACAGAGUCGUCUGUGGAUGCUGAGCCUACCCAGGCCUCUACCCUCCCUCACCUUGGCCAGGCUAUGUCUUUGCAGAACUUGAGUUUCUCCACUCCAGGACCCAGGCAUACGACCCACUCUGUGACCUUCAGGACCAACAGCAGCUGCUUCAGGAUAGUGGUCUGGAGCCUGGUACCCUUGGAGUGCUGGCUGUUGAAUAGGCUUAUCUGCUACCAGCUCCAGCUCAUCUACCACGAGGCUUUCUCCAACUUCAAGAAUGUCAGUGCCCUGCUGUUUCGGCCUGGCUCUACAGAGGUGAAAGCCUCCCUCGUUUUUGGUCCUCCGGAUCCCUCGGCUCUAGAGAUCCUCUGGACUUUGUACCGCAAAGUGAAGUCCUCAAGAUGGUCACUUGGGUACCUGUCCUUGGCCGACCAUGGCCUUUCCUCUGACGGGUACAACACGAACGACCUGCGCCAGGAGACCAUCAACAUUAGCUUCACACUCAUGAAGCCCUUCCUGCCUCAGCUGCUUCUGCCCAGUUCUCAGCCUUUUCUCCUGAUGGAAAAGCAGACCCUCCAGCUGGUCACCCAUGAGGUAUCAAGAUUCUACAAGGCUGAGCUCCAGGAGCAGCCCCUGCUCCUAUUCAGCAAUGUGAAGGAGUGGGUGAGCAUUUAUGUGGAAUACAAGUUCAAGAGCCCCAUCCCCAACCAUCUCCAAGGCCUGGCUAGUCACCUGGCCCAUCAUAUAACAGAUCCCACCAUCCAGAAAUCCAGCAUAGUGGCCAAUGGGGAGAAAGCAGAUCUGGUGUUUUAUGAGACAUGGCUCUUGAUCUUGGGUUACCCCUUCACCAAAGCCUUGGAGAACAAGACUAGUUCUGAAUCCCAGAAGCUUCGUGGACUGCUGACGAGACAGCUAACCUCAGUCCUCCAGCCUCUGCAGAACUUUGGUCAAGUGGUGGUGGAGGAAUUCCACCAGGAACCACUGACUGCCAGAGUGCAAACUGCCUUCUUUGAGGCUGCACCAGCUCAGGCUGUCAUUCAAGACUCCAUGCUCCAAGCCCUGGGCUCCCUGCAGGAAGCUGAGGGUCUGCAGUUAGAGAUGCUCCUCCCAGUCCUUGGCACCCCCAGCUCCAGAGCCUCGAGAGGCCCCAGGGGUGGGGCCGUGUUAAACCUCCAGUUCAUCACUUCUCUUUUUGUCCUGGUGGCCCUUUGUACUGCUCUUCCCUUCACCAAGAAGCAAACCCCAUACCUCUUCUAGGACACCUCACGCAGGGCUUCCAGACAGGACCUCAACCAAGGAGUAAAGCUGCAGGAGGCCAGGGCAGAAAGGACAAGCGCCGGCCUUACUGUCUUCAAGUUCAUGUUUCACCCCACCUCCACACCACAUAAAACUGGGGAAAACACUCCCAUGUCCAUGGGUGAAAGCCAGUCCUUGUCUGAGGCUCCACAUUCUCUCAGCUCCCACCUCUCAGGAGGUGGACAGUGGUUUCCUUCACAAACAAAGCCAAGCCCACAGGCUUCCUGCAGCAUACACAGCUGGGUCAGGACAAAAGGAGUCAGGUCUCAUGGAAUGUCCUGCAGGCCCUGCUGCUACCACAAACUAUCAAUGUAUGGGGACCACACAUAGGAAGAUGAGAAACCAAUAGCCAGUAAGGAUACACAGAGCAUGCAAGGCUAGAGGCAGGGUCAGUGUCCAGAAUGCUUAUACAUUGAGCACUUAUUGUGGGGUCCCCUAGUGACUUCAUAGUGCCCCAGAGGACAGAGGAGAGGGAAGGAACUACAGCCUACAAGCUUUUUUUUUUCCUUCCCCUUUUCUGUUUUUUCGGAGCUGGGGACCGAACCCAGGGCCUUGCGCUUGCUAGGCAAGCGCUCUACCACUGAGCUAAAUCUCCAACCCCAGCCUACAAGAUUUUAUUCUCAGGAGGGGGCCAGAGUCUCAGCCACUACCUCAUAGGGGUAGGACUGCUCCUAUGUGGCUGAAGGGGGUGGCCUCUAAAGGAGGUUGUGGCCUUUCAAAGAUGCUUGGUUUUGGGCCUUCCAGUGUGUACAAGAGCGAGCAAUGGAAGCUGGCAUGAGACAUCACUUUCAGCUCUAAAUAGUCUUACCUAAUUAACAGCAGUGGGAAGAGAGCAGCCAUAGGAGGGCAGCUCAGAAGCCGGACUCAAGGAGGCCUAGCACCUAGAGAAGACAGACCGCAUGUACCAAUUCCGUCAUUCAGGUUCUGUGGUUAGCUGGUCUAGCCAGAGAAGUCUUAGACUAAAGCUGAUUCAACAGCCCCAAGAUUCCCCAAACUGCAAAAGAGCUGGGAGACCCAGUGAGGGAAGGGAACCAGCAGCUAGACCAUGAGUCUUGGAUGGGAGAACAUGAUUCUAGUCAAGCCAUAUUGUCCGUUAUGGCAGACAUGGUCUUCAACUUGAAGAUAUUAAAGGCUCCAGGUCUGGAGCUGGACACCCUUUGGGGGAAAGGAGUGACCCAGUGAGAGGAUACAGACCACCCACACAUCAUGGAAACUUUGGACCUGCUAGCCAGCUGAAAACAAAGAUUGGCCUUGAGAGAAGGAACAGAGAGCACCCAGACCUGCCUCUUUGUGUCCACCUUCUGGUCAGAUUCCGAAGCCAGUGGCCUCCCUCUUCCUGGGAGCAUGAAGAGGCCCUGCACUUCCCUGAAUGCAUAGCUGCUUCCCUAUGUAGAUCCAGAAGUGACAGGCACUCUAAUCCCUUGGCUGAGUCUUCUUAGAAAGUUUCCAGGAUCCUGAAGUGGCUUUGUUAGGGGAUACCAGACAGGAAACGGCAGCCAUCUUACCAUGGUCCUCUGCCUGGGGCUCCUGGGAGUCGCUUCCACUGCAUAGCUCAGCCCCAAGAGCCAGGGCUUCGGAAGAGCAUUCUAAGGUCAAUACAUCUUUGCCCAAGGAUUCAUGUCCAGAUUACACAAAGUGCCCCCACCUGCCUGCCAACCUCAGCCUAGCCCAGACACCCUGGCCAGCCAGAAACAGUUCCUCCUGCUCAACAAAAAGGGGUACCUGAAAAGGCUGCACUGUCAAGUGUCUGGAGGUGGCCACCAGAGAGGAGGCCCAGAGAAUAGGUCAGACAGCAGCUGACAAAACAAAACAGAAAGCCAGUAC